AAAUGAAGCGGUUGGCUGCCCAAUCUGUGUAGAAGUCUAGGCAGAUAUUUUGAGUGUCAUGGUAAGUCGCUAGCAUCCAUCCACUGCCGCAGCAUAACGGCAGCCAUGCUAGCCUGAUUCUAUUCAAAUUUGGCCUUUUUCACAUAAUUGCAACUUAAACGGCACCGUUCCACCUUCAUUCCCUCACCAAAAGGUUUAAGAGAGAAGAGAAAUGGCGCAUAGAGUAGAUCAUGAGUACGAUUACCUUUUCAAGAUCGUGUUAAUCGGCGAUUCUGGAGUUGGAAAGUCGAAUAUUCUCUCUAGGUUCACAAGGAAUGAGUUCUGUUUGGAUUCUAAAUCCACUAUCGGCGUCGAGUUCGCUACUAGAACCCUCCAGGUUGAGGGGAAGACUGUUAAGGCCCAGAUUUGGGAUACGGCAGGUCAAGAGAGAUAUCGAGCUAUCACUAGUGCUUACUAUAGAGGAGCUGUUGGCGCUCUUCUUGUCUAUGACAUAACUAAGAGGCAAACCUUUGAUAAUCUUCAAAGGUGGUUGCGGGAGUUGAGGGACCAUGCAGAUUCUAACAUUGUCAUCAUGAUGGCUGGAAACAAAUCCGACUUGACUCAUCUCAGAACAGUUUCUGAGGAGGAUGGUCAAGCUCUGGCUGAGAGGGAAGGCCUUUCAUUUCUCGAGACGUCGGCGCUGGAAGCAACCAACAUCGAGAAGGCAUUCCAAACCGUAUUGAAUGAGAUCUACCAUAUCAUUAGCAAAAAAGCAUUGGCAGCCCAAGCAGCAGCCGCGAGUACCUCGGUUCCGAGCCAAGGAACCACCAUUAAUGUCAUGGAUGCGUCAGGGAGCACUAAGAAAGUAUGCUGUUCUACAUGAAAAAAGAAACGGGAAGUUAAAAAUAUUUAGUAGCAAGCAGGCCUUUUUCUUUUCUCUUUUUAAUGAUUAUCAUCUUUUGGCUGAGAGAAGAAGCAUGUAGAAUACAUAGCUUUUGUUUCAAAACAACCAUAUUGUUUGUUAGUAGCAUGGAAAUGCCGGCUUAUACUAAGCUCUUUUUCUCAACAUGUACUCUCCUCAAAAGUGGAAGUUGGAAGAUUGGGUGGGGAGUUACUAUUAGAAACAAAGAAGCGUAAUUGGCUUUAUUUGAUCGGUGCGUCUCCUUGUAGACAUUUUCUAUAUUUUAACUUUCAUAAUUGUGAGUAUCUCAGUUCCAGAUCGGGUAAA